AUGUCUGACCGGGAGGACGACGACGAUCGGUUGAGCCUCAACUUUGGCGAGGAGCACGAGGAGAGCACCCCGCGCAGCGACGACGAGCAGAGCGACGCGGCGGGUGUUGGCGCGGCGGGGCCGGUGGCGACGGGCUCCGCGACGCGGCGCGACGACAGGGACCGCGUGACGGCGCCGGUGCUCACGAAGUACGAGCGCGCACGCAUCCUCGGCACGCGGGCGCUGCAGAUCAGCAUGAACGCCCCCGUGCUGGUGGCGCUCGAGGGCGAGACGGACCCCCUCACCAUCGCCCAGAAGGAACUCCGCGAGGGCGUCAUCCCGCUCGUCAUUCGCAGAGUGCUGCCGGACAACACAUAUGAGGACUGGCGGAUCGCCGAGUUGGACAUCGACUUUGACCGUCCAGCAGACGAGCGCUAUACAAACAUAUGA